AUGGAUGGUGCCAGAAGAAAACCAUCAUUUACUAGCCAGAAAGCGCCUAUGCAAAUUGUUCAGAAUGGAUUCCCCAUGGAUAGAUUAGCAACACAUAUUAUGGGGGAACUGCCAUUGACAGAAUCUGGAAACAGAUACAUACUGGUAGUUUUAGAUUAUUUUACUCGCUGGACUGAAUGUUUUCCGAUGCCAAAUAUGGAAUCAAAAACUGUGGCAAAGAUUCUAGUUGAACAGGUCAUCACUAGAUUCGGAGUACCCUAUACAAUACACUCAGAUCAAGGCCGUCAAUACGAGAGUGAUUUGUUCCAUUCGAUGUGCGAACUAUUGCAAAUAGAAAAGACUCGCACUACACCCUACCAUCCACAAUCAGAUGGUAUGGUGGAAAGGUUUAAUCGAACCCUUGAAGCCAUGUUAAGUUCCUGCGUGAACAAAAAUCAUACAGAUUGGGACGAACAGUUACCAUAUGUCAUGAUGGCAUAUAGAUCAGCAGAGCAUGACACAACUGGCUUCUCUUCGAACUACCUUAUGCUUGGUAGAGAAGCGACAACGCCUUUAUACCUUGUAUACGAAAUGGAGGUACAGUGGAAGCCGAUCCCACAAAAUAGAUGGGCCUGGUUGCUUCAAGAGAGACUGGGAGAAGCACACCAUAUUGUGAGGGAAAAUACUAAAGGGGAAAUGAUGCGUCAAAAACGCUACCAUGACAAGAAGUUACGGUGGCAGAGAUUCUCCCCAAGAGACCACGUUUACGUAUUCUUUCCUCGCAGACGUAUGGGUACUUCGCCAAAGCUAACAAGCUUUUGGCAAGGACCUUUUGAAGUUCUAGAAAAAUGUUCAGAAUUUACGUACAAAGUAUCUUGUGGUAAUAAAGGGUCAGCGCAAGUGAUACAUGUAGACAGAAUGAGAUUGGUUAAACCUCAGAUUCUGUCUGGGGAGGUAGAACUAAAUGAUUCUGGUGAUGUCGACCAGAAUGAAAGUCUCACCUUACAACAAGAUCAGUUGGAAGAGUUAGGCUUUAAUAGAGAGGGUGUUAAUGAUCCGGUGAUCGAUCAGAAGCUCCAAAGAUCUAGUAGAAACAGACGGACUCCUGCUUAUUUAUCAGAUUAUGUAGUAGAUCUUUGCUAG